GUGAAACUAAUUCGUGAAAUUGCUUCAUGCCAUGGAAUUUUAAUUACAUCUUACUCAUACAUUCGACUGAUGCAGGAUAACAUCCACAGCUAUGACUGGCAUUAUGUGAUUCUGGAUGAGGGUCACAAAAUCCGAAAUCCAAAUGCCGCAGUCACACUUGCAUGCAAGCAGUUCCGCACACCCCAUCGAAUCAUCUUGUCUGGCUCUCCCAUGCAAAAUAACCUAAAGGAGCUCUGGUCCCUCUUUGACUUUGUAUUCCCAGGGAAACUGGGAACACUACCUGUGUUCAUGGAGCAAUUUUCUGUUCCAAUAACAAUGGGAGGAUAUGCCAAUGCCUCUCCUGUCCAGGUAAAAACUGCAUACAAAUGUGCCUGUGUGUUAAGGGAUACCAUAAACCCCUACUUGCUGCGAAGAAUGAAGGCUGAUGUAAAAAUGAGCCUUUCACUUCCAGAUAAAAAUGAACAGGUUCUCUUUUGCCGUUUGACAGAUGAGCAGCGUCAAGUCUAUCAAAAUUUCAUCAACUCUAAAGAAGUUUACCAGAUUCUCAAUGGAGACAUGCAGAUUUUCUCAGGACUGGUAGCUUUGAGAAAGAUUUGCAACCACCCUGACCUCUUCUCUGGUGGUCCCAGGAUUUUGAAGGGUGUACCAGAUGCUGAAGUGGAGGAAGCAGAUCAGCUUGGAUAUUGGAAACGUUCUGGAAAAAUGAUAGUGGUAGAAUCCUUGCUGAAAAUAUGGCACAAGCAAGGUCACAGAGUGUUGUUUUUUACGCAGUCAAGACAGAUGCUGCAGAUACUUGAAGUCUUUGUGAGAGACAGAAACUAUUCCUACCUCAGGAUGGAUGGCACCACAACAAUAGCUUCCAGACAGCCCCUGGUAACAAGAUAUAAUGAGGACAAAUCCAUAUUUAUUUUUCUUCUCACAACUCGUGUUGGUGGCAUUGGAGUUAACUUGACUGGUGCUGACCGGGUUAUUAUUUAUGAUCCUGACUGGAAUCCCAGUACAGACACACAGGCUCGGGAACGUGCUUGGAGAAUAGGCCAAAAGAAACAGGUGACUGUGUAUAGGCUUCUCACUGCAGGUACUAUUGAAGAGAAGAUAUACCACAGACAAAUCUUCAAACAGUUUUUAACAAACAGAGUGCUGAAAGACCCUAAGCAGAGGCGCUUUUUCAAAUCAAAUGACCUUUACGAACUUUUUACUCUGAGCAACCCAGAUGUGUCUCAGGGGACAGAAACAAGUGCAAUUUUUGCAGGUACUGGUUCAGAUGUUCAGGUCCCAAAACACCAAUUGAAACGGAAACUUGAAAAGCCACCUGAUAAUGACACUUCUAAAGGUGAUCUCCAUCUUCCAGAAAACAGGUCGCCAAAGUACAGCAAGUCAUCCAAUUCCUGCUCAACAACUCACAUGACAAAUUCUUCUUCUCAAGCAAUAGAGACAAGUGAGGAAACCAAAGGAAAUUUGGAAGCCUUUGGCCAAAAUAGCUGUGCAAAAGAUAAUGCACAAGCUACUACUAAUACAAAUUCAUUGAAUAAAAGCAAAGAGGAAAGCUUGGAAAGAGCUGACAAAUCUAUGUCCCAGUCAUUGCCAGCUGAUGCAGGGUCUUUGGAGAAUGCCAAGUGUCUGAACACUAUGGUGGCUGAUGAAGUAUGUAGAGCAGCUAAUGCAAAUAUCAAGGGAGAUUUUAGCCUUACAUGUGGUGCAGCUGACUCUUGGGAAAAGCAGGUUGCUAAAACUGAAGAUGAGCAAUUAGAUAAUAAUCAUUAUAAAUGUACCUCAAAAACAAAGCACAGGGUGGAUAUGCUGUCACAUGAAAACCACAAAGAUAAGUCUAAGAAGAAACAUCACAAAGAUGCCAAAUUUGAAGGAGAGCGCAUUCCUCAUCUAGUGAAACAAAAGCAAUACAGAAGGGAGAACAGUGAAGAGAAGGAGGAAGACUCAAAGAAAAAUGAUGAUUACGUCUUGGAGAAACUUUUCAAAAAAUCAGGGGUACAUAGUGUUAUGAAGCAUGAUGCCAUUAUGGAAGCUACCAGUGCAGAUCAUGUGCUGGUGGAAGCAGAAGCAAACAGAGUGGCCCAAGAUGCCUUAAGAGCCUUAAAAGUCUCUCGACAGCGAUGUUUAGGAGCUGCUUCUGGUGUUCCAACCUGGACAGGCAUGAGUGGUCUUUCAGGUGCACCAUCAGGAAUAAAGAAUCGGUUUGGUCAAAAAAGAAACCCCAUGCUGCUUUCUUCACAUUCCACUUUUGCAUCACCUGCAAAAUGCAAGGAUGCAGAUACAAUAAAGAAAGAAAAUGUAAAGAAAUGUAGUUCCAGUGGGCACUUUGAUGGAAAAUCGGGAGAAUCAUCAUCCAGUGCACUAGACUCUUCAUCUUUAUUAGCUAAGAUGAGGGCAAGAAACCACCUCAUUUUACCACAACACACAGGGAAUGAGGGAGAUGAGAAUCCUCAGCAAGCACCCACCCCAGCUUCAACAGAAUAUGAUGAGCUGCUUGUGGAUAUGCGUAACUUCAUAGCAUUCCAGGCCCACGGGGACGGUGAGGCUAGCACUCGGGAACUGUUGCAAGAAUUUGAGUCCAAACUGCCUGUGGCGCAGUCCUGCGUCUUUAGAGAACUUCUCCGCAAUCUCUGCACCUUUCAUAGAAGCCCAAGUGGUGAAGGUGUCUGGAGGCUAAAGCCAGAAUUCCGCUGACCUUCGGCAAAGGAAGGCACCUGUCUGUGCACUCGGCCACCGC